GGUUCUCGUUGCUUGUGUCCAAAUUACAUCCAAGUCAGGAUGUCUGGUCCAUUCGCCGAGUCGCACGACGACCUCCGUGUAGACUAUCUAUUCCGUUCCCAAAACCAUCACCAGGGAGACUCGAGACUACGGAAACGACUUCCCAUACCAGACUUGCGCUUCGAGCAGGUCUAUCUUAGCCGGAUACGGAGCUGUCUUCACAUCGAACCACAACUGCCUGCUCCAACCAGCGAGGACGGGCAAUAUGCUGAAGUCACCCAUGUUGCGCCUCUUAUCACUGCUUCGCAACAAGUCACCAGCAUCGACUGGCGAAACCUCGCCUAUAUUACGUUUCGAGAUCAAGUCGUGAUUCCUUUGUUACAGGGGAUGCUUUGGGGUGUUAUCGGCACAUACUACAGGCCAUUCAUCAACUUGGCAAAAGAUAAAUUCCGUGGGAAGUCGCCAUCUCCCUAUCCCGCAGAAGGGGAGGGUGUGAGCUGGCUUAGGAAGUGGGCUAAGAAGUUGGGGUUUAAUAGCGUCGUUGUAGGACCUUCGAGUGUUCAAGGGCGCACAUAAGGUAAUGUGUUGUGUAUAGUUGGGCAUUCAGUAUGGUGGAGGGGAGGCCACGUUGAUGGUUUCCUGCCUAAGGGUCAUGUUUAUCUGGCUCACGCCGAUACCUCGAUACCUAAGUAGGUGAGCGGGUUGUAAGAUAUAGCUACCGACCAACUAGAGAAACAAAUACAUGCACCAGAUCGUUCGUCUCUUUCCGCUUCGAAGCGUUCCAAACUAAUUUACUACUGAUGGGAAUUUCACCUGGUUGAUUGAUGUUGG